AUGGCGCGCCGUCCAGCAAGAUGCUACCGCUACUGCAAGAACAAGCCAUACCCCAAGUCCCGAUUCAACCGUGGUGUCCCAGACCCCAAGAUCCGAAUCUUCGAUCUUGGACGUAAGAAGGCCAAUGUCGACGACUUCCCUCUCUGCGUCCACAUGGUCUCCAACGAAUAUGAACAGCUGAGUGCUGAAGCCCUUGAAGCUGCCCGUAUCUGCGCCAACAAGUACCUUGUCAAGAUCGCUGGAAAGGAAGGUUUCCACCUCCGUGUCCGUGCCCAUCCAUUCCACGUCGUCCGUAUCAACAAGAUGUUGUCGUGCGCUGGUGCCGAUAGAUUGCAGACCGGUAUGCGUGGUGCCUUCGGUAAACCCAACGGCUCCGUCGCCCGUGUCAACAUCGGCCAGAUUCUCCUUUCCGUCCGCACCCGUGACACUAACCGUGCCCACGCCAUCGAGGCCCUCCGCCGCUCCAUGUACAAGUUCCCUGGUCGCCAAAAGAUCAUCGUCUCCAAGAACUGGGGCUUCACUCCCCUUCGAAGAGACGAGUACGUCCGUCUCCGACAGGAGGGACGUGUCAAGAUCGACGGUGCUUACGUGCAGUUCUUGAGAAACAAGGGCCCAAUUGAGAACAACAUGCGAAGAUUCCCAGAGGCUUAUGAGAAUGUUUCCCAGGAGGCAUAG